GGCGAACGUGACCGUCACCGACCUGGAGGAGCUGCAGGAGCUGCUGCUGGUUAAUAUCGAGAACAACAAACACCUGGUCACAGGGUCAGUCCGAGCCAAGGUACUGAAAUGGGGUGAAGAUGUAACUGAAUUUCAGCCUCCUCCCGACUAUAUACUGAUGGCUGAUUGCAUUUACUAUGAGGAGUCAUUAGAACCAUUGCUGAAGACCCUGAAAGACCUUACUGGCCCUGAUACACGUGUAUUGUGCUGUUAUGAGCAGAGGACUAUGGGAAAAAAUCCUGAAAUUGAGAGAAAAUACUUUGAGCUGCUUCAGGUGGACUUUGAGCUGGAAAGAAUUCCCCUGGAUAAGCACGAUGAGGAGUACCGCAGUGAAGACAUUCACAUCGUGACCAUCCACAGGAAACAAACGCUCUGCGCCUGGAACGCUCAAGUCUUGAACGUCGUCGGGCGAGAGGGACCUUGGGGAGUGGGGCAGGGGUCCCGUCGCCCUCCGUGCCAUCUCCCCAUCGUCGCCUGGGCCUGCCGCAAUGAGGGAUGUGAAACCGAACGCUUCUGCUGCCGCUGCUUGGUUCCCGCCGAACCGGCGGCGAGCCGGGGGGGGGGCGCCCCCCGCCUCUACGGCUGCUCCCUGGGACCGCCAGAUAAAAUGGCUGCUUUUUUAGGGGUGAAAAAAGAACUUUAA